AUGUCUUUCUUUGGGUUCGAAAGAAGCAGUUUAGAACAAGAAAAGAAGAAAUUUUUGGAAGGAGGCUUCCAAGAAACCGAGGACCUUGCAGUCUACACCUGGGGUGAAGAGAGCUAUGACGGGCUAGGAGAUGCACUCCUCGAGGGAGGUGAUGAACUCAAUGAUGAGACCUUUGGAGAGAUAGGUGCUGUCGGCAAAGAUUUCGAUUUUACGAGUCAAACUCUCCCUACCUCCAUUGGAGCUACACAUGGCAGAUUCACGCCUACUGCAGAGCCUUUCAGAGAGCGGACGCCUGUGGUUGAACGAGCAGAACCUGCGUUAAAGUCCCGUGAUCGAGCUCCAAAAUCCCUUGAGUCCAUAUGGGAUGACAAGUCCUCAUUCUCCAUGCUUUCUCGUGCUGCAGGUCAUCAGCGUGUGCCCUCCAAUUUGAUGAAAUCUCCGUUCCCGCCCUCAAGAUCCCCGGCACUCAAUAUAUACGCGGACCAUCGGCCUCUCAGUCAACAACAGCCCAUAUCUCAUGGUAUCAACCAGACAGGUGUUCGCACUUUACAGGAGAUUGAGGCUGAAAUGCGGGCUGCUCAGCAGAAGCGCAAGCAGCAAGAAGAGAUGCUUCUGCAAUCACGCAGACAAGAAGAUUUUCGCCUUCAAGAACUCGAACGGCAAGACCUGCAGAGGCUUCAACAGGAAAAUUUACUUGCAGACCGCAUGCGAGCUCGUUUGGAGCAAGAACAGCAGCUUCGCUUGCAACAGCAAGCCCGAAUGCCCACCCCGCGGGUGGUUCCUCAUCUUGCACCUUCCCCUCGUUUCAAUCAGCAGCAUCAACACCAACAGCAAAUACUCCUCCUACAACAAGAGCAGGAGCGUCAACAACAGGAGCGAUUAAAGGAGCUCCAAGAGCGCCUCCGUAUGGAAGAACUAGAACGGCAGCUUCGCGCACAGCAACUAUCACAGUUGCAGCAGCAACAACCGAAUUUGCUCGCACGCAGGCAGUCUCCUUACGCUGAUACACAGCGUCGCACGCAUUCUCCUGUCAUCGACUCUCAGUAUGUACUCUUCAAUCAGCAAAACACUCAGUAUAUUCCCCAGAGCAUCCAACUGCAACAGAGACUUUUGUCAGAGAUGGCACAAGUUGAGUUCAUGCGAGAUAUGCAGGGCAUCAGUCAGGCUGAGCAAGAAGCGUUGCGGGUUGAGGCCAUGCGUAAGAUCAUGGAAACCGAGCGGAUGGAGGAGAGGCGCCGUCGCAAGGCCGCCAAGAUCGCACAUAUGUCUCGCUACAAUGAUCUGAUGACACAAUCUGACAAGGAUUUUAUUACUCGCAUUCAAGUAUCGCAGCUUGUUACGCAGGAUCCCUAUGCCGAAGACUUCUACGCUCAGGUUUAUGGUGCUAUUCUUCGUUCACGAUUGGGACUCCAAUCACAGGAUGAGCGCGUGAUCAAAUUUGGCUCCAGUGGCGGCGUUGGUCUCGGUUUAGCACAAAAGGGUAGUGGCAGAAGGCAGAGUGCUAUGCAAAAGAUGGAAGCGCAGGUCGAACGGAUCGUUAACAACGCACGACUUAGGGAGAAGGAAAAGGGAUUGCACUCUUUGCACAGUCUUCAGGGCGCUCUUGGUAAAACAUCUGGCCGUAGCUACAAGGCUGCACCGCGACAGCUUCUGCAGGUUGAUGCCUCUUCAGCAACUCCUACCAUGUCUGGUACCCAUCCUCACAUAUCAAAGGAGGGUGGAAACGGUGCUGCGCAAGAGGCUGCGAAGCUCGGUCGUGAGGCGCUUGGACAAGCUGCUGGAAGCGAUGGCGUGGUGCGAAAGGACCCACUCACCCAACGGCAAACCCUUGUUGUGUUGGAGGGGCUUUAUGAUCUGGUCCUGAAUAUCGAGCAACUCAGGCGAGACCAGCCUCUCGAAGAGGACGAGGAGGACGGGGAAGCUUUUGUCUCGUCAGCGACAUACAACGAUCUCGUUGAGCAAAUAUGGAUGAAUUUGAAGGUCAUGUUGCCUCUUGAAACGAGUGACCCCCAUCCGUUUGUCUCUCUGCUUACCCCGGUCAAAGGGAAAAAAAUUCUGCCGCGGCUCAGCCGCCACAUUACACCACCUAGGAUGCUCACGCUUCUUACGCUUUUGGUUGCCUGCUUCUCUCAGCUUGACGUCGUCAAGCGUGCCGCUGUUCUCGACUCACUAGAGGAAACUCCCGAACGUCAGGAUAUAGAGCGACAGACGCAAGCCUUUUUGGGAAGUGUUCUACAGAGUAUCUUGCCUGUGGUCGCGAAGGCUGAGCUGAGGGUCAUCACUGGGCUGCUUGGAUUACUCUUAGAUCGCACCAACAUUAUCGUCUCUGCUCAGACUCGGCCUGGGAUCGCCAUCUUAACGUUGUUCUUGAGUCGAGUCGAGAUAGUCAAACAGGGCAUGAGUAGUGCGCAAGAAUCCUCAGAAAUACCAACGCCCGCAGAAGCUCAACAAUGGCAAACUAUGUUUGAUCACCUGUUUCAACUCUUGAUGCCCCAUUUCGUGCUCUUGUUUCCCUCGACUCGUCUCGUUGCCCAACCUCUUCCCACAGCAGCCUCCCUUCCUCCUACGGACAUCCUUGACCAGCCCGUUUGGCAAUUCCUCGCCGCGCUUGCACUGCACGCUUCUUCUGACCAACAAUCUAUUCUUGUCACCAACCUUCGCGAAAAAGUAUUGGAUAUCGUAACAAGUGUCAGCAAGGGCUGGGUAGCGGAUGAAGAGGAGCGACAGACAAAGCUAGCUAACGUCAACCUCUUCCUUCACGCGCUUGGGCUGGACAGUUCGCAGAUAUCGGUGUGA